AUGCCCUCGAAACCCCGUUUGACUGUCAACAGCCAUUUAACGGCGUUGAUGAGUCUACCCUAUCUUAAAAAAGAAUCGGCUAAUGAACUACAGUCAUUCAGUGAUGAGGCUCAACGCAUCGUACGUGCCUUAAAAAAUCUCGAUAUGCCUCUCCAACAUUGGGAUAUCUGGCUUGUGUAUAUCCUAACAAGUCGACUAGAUCCUGAAUCUCGUAAAAUUUGGGAAUCUGAAUUGAGCGCGAAGGAUCGCCAAGCCUUGUCGAGAGCUUCUGAAUCAGGCUCAAAUCUCAGUCGUACCGAACGUUUCGCCAGUUUUGAUGAGCUUGUUGAAUUCCUUGAUCAACGUUCCAAUGCGCUCUGUAUGAUAGCUUCUGAAUCGAAAAUCAAUAAAAGCUGCGCUCCUCAGUCUCAGUCUAAAUCUUCCGGUAAUUCCAAACGUUCAUUUCACAUAAGCGCGAACUCCAAAUUGCAGGGUUCCAAGGGAUUUACUCGGAAAUGUUCGUUGUGUUCUGGGGAACAUUAUAUCGGGUCAUGUUUAAAAUUCCUUGAAAAAUCAACCUCUGAGCGUCGUAACGAAGCACGUCGUUUACACCUAUGCUUUAACUGUUUGGGUGCCCAUCACUCCAAAAAAUGCGAAUCAAAACGGAGGUGUUUAACUUGUAAAGAGAAACACCACUCAAGUCUCCACGCUCCCAUUCAGAGCUCAGAGAUGUCUCAAAAUUCUAAUAUUGCUCCUACGCAAACCACACCAACCGGUGUCUCCGCGUUGACCGCCAGUACCUCGGCACCAAGUACCGAUGCCCCGACGCUGACCACCCGUGUCUCAACGCUGACGGCCAGUCUGUCGGCUCCAAAACACUCUGUGGUGCUUGCUACAGCGCAAGUCAUUCUGACGGUUCCCAGAGGGACUGAGGUCCGAGUAAGGGCCUUGCUUGACCAGGGCUCUGAGGCCUCAUUCGUAACAGAAUCUAUCGUUCAAUUACUUAAAUUGCCUCGAUGCCGUACUGGAAUUUCACUAACUUGUAUGGGUGCAUCAGUUCCUGGAACCGCACGCUCCACUGCUCAAAUCUCUUUACGUUCCAUUCACAACUCAUCCUUCCAUUUGGAGACUCACGCUUUAGUUCUCCCACGUCUCACGUCGCAUCUUCCCUCUAGAAAACUCCUUGAACUUGACAUUAAUCAAUUUGAGGGCUUAUCCUUGGCUGAUCCUCAUUUUUUCAAACCCGACUCAGUUGAUUUAAUUCUAGGGUCUGACAUUUAUUGUCGAAUUUUGCGUUCAGGUCUUAAACGUUUUCACACCACUUCGUUAAUAGUCCAAGAUACUACCCUAGGAUGGGUUGUUUCUGGGUCGAUAAAUAACAGCCUGUCACGGCGGGCGGAUCUUGCUUCUCCAAAUCAAUCUGCAGCUUUGCAUUUUGUUCAAAAUGAUGACCUUCAAAACUCGCUUGAGAAAUUCUGGAGUUUAGAGGAAAUUUCAGACACCCCCCCUAAAGGGAAACCGGAUGAUAUUCUUUGUGAGCAAUUCUAUGCUGACAAUUCCACUCGUCUCCCGGAGGGUCGUCAUAUGGUACAUCUCCCUCUAAAUUCCGAUCCGCCUAAAGCUUCAUCAGAAACUCGCCAAAUAGCCCUAAGUACUCUUUCCAGUUUGCAUCGUCGUUUCGACAGAGAUCGUCAACUCGCGGAUGCAUACUGCGAUUUCAUGAGAGCUUACGAGCAAUUGGGUCACAUGGGAAAAGUUUCCAAACUUCAAAUUAACAACCCACGUGCUUGGUAUAUACCUCAUCACGCAUUGGUUUAG